UCUUUUAUCGUCUUUUAAUCCCCCCCUUCUCGCCCCCUUCCUCCCUCGCCUGUCCUCUAAUCGAGCUUACAGAUAUAUAUAAAUAUAUAGAGAGAGAUAGAGAUAGAGAGAGAGAGAGAGAGAGAGUUCCAUUCCUGGGGGGUUCUUGCUUCUUUGGCUCCCUUUCUCCCCAGCGUCUUCCAAGAGAAAUUCAGGGAAGACUGGGAUCGAGUUUGCCCGAGCCCCAAGGAGUUCAUCAGAGGUUUUAGCAAUGGACACAGUUGGUGAGAAUCAUAGAGGCAUGAUAAAAUCAGCCAGUGCCCGAGGUGUUCCAAUGGAGGGCGUGAGAUUUGGCGCAGACGUGGGGAAUGACAAUAGAAGAGCACUGAGGGACAUUAGAAACUUUGUGGGCGUUCCCCCGUAUCCAAGUGCACUGAGCAAGAGGGGGUUGCAGGAUACGAGCACUGUGGAUGAUAAGAAUGCACAAAAUUUUGCCGGCAGGCGACCAAUGACAAGGAGAUUCGCAGCUUCCUUGGCAAACCAAUCACACCAGGUUUCUAGUGCAAGGCUUCGGCCAAUUGGGAGUGAGAGACAGAGGAAACCGGUGUCAUCAUCUCCCAGUUCUAGUGCCUUAAAUGCAUCAACUGCAGUACAUGUGGAGGAUUUCAAGUCAGCUAAUGACUUAACUCUGCCUAUGGUUGAGGAGAUGGAAGAAGUGGAAAAUUGUGAGUUCAAGGAGGUAGAAAUGGAGGAUCUAGAGGAGGAGCCUAUUCCAGAUAUUGAUAGCUGUGAUGCCAAAAAUCCUUUGGCAGUUGUUGAGUAUGUGGAGGACAUCUACAACUUCUAUAGACAGACUGAGGAUUUAGGUUGUGUCUGCCCUAACUAUAUGUCAAAUCAGUUUGACAUCAAUGAGAAGAUGCGUGCUAUUUUGAUUGACUGGCUUAUAGAGGUGCACUACAAAUUUGAACUUAUGGAUGAGACGUUAUUUCUGACUGUCAACAUCAUUGACAGAUUUUUAGCACGUCAAACAGUUGUAAGGAAAAAACUCCAGUUGGUAGGAGUGACAGCCAUGCUACUUGCAUGCAAAUAUGAAGAAGUCUGUGUUCCUGUUGUGGAGGAUCUAAUCCUAAUUUCAGACCGUGCAUACACAAGGCAAGAGGUUCUGGAAAUGGAGAGGUUGAUAGUCAACACCUUGCAAUUCAGCAUGUCUGUGCCAACUCCUUAUGCUUUCAUGAGGAGGUUCCUCAAAGCAGCUGAGUCCGACAAGAAGCAAGAAUUUCUAUCUUUUUUCAUUAUCGAGCUCUGCCUUGUCGAGUAUCAAAUGCUCAAGUUCCGCCCUUCAUUGUUAGCUGCUGCUGCUGUCUACACUGCUCAGUGUACUCUCAAAGGGUUCAAGCACUGGAAUAGAGCUUGUAAGCACCAUACAAAUUACUCAGAAGACCAGCUUUUAGAGUGCUCCAAGAUGAUGGUGGAAUUCCAUCAGAAGGCAGGACAUGGGAAGCUUACUGGAGUAUACCGGAAAUAUAGCACGUUUAAGUUUGGGUGUGCAGCAAAAUCCGAACCAGCCCUUUUUCUGAUGGAUACAGGACCCUGGAACUGCUGAUAUCAUCGGGGAGAUUAAUGACGAUUAACAAUAUAGUUUAACUUCAUGAAGUGAUGUGCAAUGGAUGACUGCUUGAGUAUGUGCAACAUAAGUUGCUAAAUUUUGCAACAGAUGUUGCAGUAGAAAGCUGGAGCGGGUGUAAUGUGUGUUUGAUAUUUUACCAUGACAUCUUUUUGCUGA